AAUCAAACAAAUUCUACAUUGGUAAACUAUUUAAAAUGUGCUCAGAUCAUUUAUGUACAGAUAAAAAAUAUAAAUAAUUUUUAAGUUUGACAUAAUGCUUCACUAAAGAGUAUUUAAGUUGAUAAACUGUAUGAUAAAUUCUAGCGAAACCUCUUUGAAAUAUAGAAAAAAUUAUCUUCUAUGAUAAAUAUAAUAAUUAUUGGAUGAAAUAAAUUGAGUAAAUUACUAAUUAUGCCCCCGAAUUUGUAAAACGCUGACAUAGAUACCCCUAGAAUAAGAUAACGACAAUCAUACCCUUGAAAAAUUUAAAAACGGAUCAGAUCUGCCCAACUGUGAGGAGAACCCUUCUCCGUUAAACGGAGUUUGUUGAUGUGUCAAACAGAAGUCCAACGUGGCAUCCGUAUUAGACUCUCAAUCACGUUUUGUCCAUGUAUCCCCAAUUCAACAAACCCUAAUUGCCCAAUUGAGAUGAAAUGACAGAAUUAACCCUAAGUGAAACAUCAUAUUUAACUAAGACUAUGUUGGACGCGCGAAACUGAGGAGUUUGUGGGUGGUCGUCUCUGUUUCUGUUCGUCUGUUGUCGCUUUGUAUUCGUUUCUUGGAUUUGGCAACGUCACAUGCGGUAUCACGUUUGGCGUUGAUACAGAGUGAAGAAGUCGCCGUUGAUCAACCAAGGUUUUGAUGGCUACGCAUAUCACAUUUGUUUAUCACCAUCGGGGUUGGUUAGAGAAGGAUGCAGAUGGUGGGGUGAAGUCUAAUGGUGGUUUACUGAGUAUCAUCGAGAGGGUGCAUGUUGAUACUUGUAAUCUAUUCCUUGUUGAAGGCUUGUUUCUAGAUUUAGGUUAUACUAGGUAUAAUGAAGUUUAUUGGUUGGAGCCAGGGAUGGAUUUAGCUAACGGGUUACGGGUGCUCAGAAGGGAUGCCGAUGUGGUUAAGAUGUGUGAUGCUGCACUGAGGAAUGAAAACAGGGUUCACUUGUAUUUUGAGCAUCCAGUUGAUAUGGAUCCAGAGUAUGUUGAGAUGCCUUGCUUAGAAGACCAGGAAAAUCAUGACCAGGAACCGCAACAAAAUGAAGAGGAGGAAGGAUCUGAACAUACAGAAGUAGAGGGAGGACCUUUAUUUAAUGAAGCAAAUGAACAAGAGGAUCCCCCACAGCACAAGGAGCAACAACAACAAGAGGAUGAACUAACAUUGAACAAAAGGGGGUAUGAUGAACCAUUGCCAGAGGAGGCUGGUACUGAAAACCUUUCUAAUCAAGGUCAGGCUGGAACAACUGAAAAUGAGGCCCUCAAUGAAGGAGACAAUCAGCAGACCCAUGUUGAAGACCAUGAGAGGCCAUCGAAUCCUGAAGAAGUUAAUGGCAGGGGAAGAAAACGCAGGAAGAAACAUGCGAGGCCCCCACCAUUUGGUAGAGAUCAACCUGCACCAGAAAACAAUAGUGAAGGACAUGCUGAUGAGGGUGCGUCUUGUGGGGUUCAAGGUCGGAGGAUUCAUCGAAGACCCCGUCCAUCCGGCCAGAGGAUUCUGCCACCUAGGGAAGAGAAUCAGGCCCCAAGGGUGGUUGUGCCUAACCCAAAUGACAUUGAUGAAGAGCCUACUGAAUAUCAGUAUCACUCUGAAGAGCUACACACCCCACCAGGUUCUGAUUCUGAAGAUGAAAAUCUAGUAUUCCCUCAGUAUAAUCCUGAUACAAAGUUUGGCAAAAUUAGACUGGAGUUAGGGAUGGAGUUUGGCACGAUGCAGCAGUUUAAGGAUGCAGUUAGGAAGUAUAGUAUUCAGAUGGGCAGAGAGGCAUUUUUCCUCAAGGUUGAACCACAUAGGUGCAGGGUCAUCUGUUACAACGAAACUUGUCCUUGGGAAGUUUACUGUGCAAGGAGAAACCAGCCCCCUAGUUACCAAAUCAAAACACUGGUUGAUGAGCAUACAUGUCCUAGGAGUAAUAAAAGCAGGUCAGUCACUUGUAAAUGGGUGGCCGAGGAGUUGAUUAGCAAGAUUAGGGUUUGUCCUAACUUGUCCCAUAGAGAGGCUCGAGAAAUGUUCAAAGUUGAGUUUGAUAUUUGUGUCGGAGAGAGGAUGAUGUUUAGGGCAAUGGAGAAGGCUAAGGAUGUCAUCGAGGGCACAGAGAAGGAACAAUAUUUGAAGUUAAGGACUUACUUGUCUGAGCUGCGUAAGGCCAAUCCAGGAUCCACUUGCCGUAUGAGCACAACACCACAACAAGAGGGGCUGCCUAAGUUUAGAAGUCUAUACAUCUGUCUAGAAGCAUGUAAAAGGGGAUUCAAGGAAGGAUGUAGGCCUUUCCUAUGCCUUGAUGGAGCAUUUUUAAAGGGUUAUUUUGGGGGGCAGCUGCUGACAGCCGUUGCUCAGGACGCCAACAAUCAUCUAUUCCCAGUUGCAUAUGGAGUAGUUGAUGCAGAAACAAAGACCAAUUGGAAAGAAUUCCUAGAGUAUUUGUUGGAUGAUAUCGGGGAUCAUAGGCAAUUCGAUUGGCACUUCAUGUCUGACAAACAGAAGGGGCUAAUACCUGCUCUACAAGAAGUUAUGCCAGGGGUUAAACACAGGUUCUGUACUAUGCAUAUGUGGAGGAAUUUUAACAAGCGUUGGAAAGACCUAGAACUGAAACAGUUGCUAUUUCAAUGUGCAAGGGCACUGACUGAUCAGGAGUUUAAUGAAGGUAUGGAUGCCAUAAAGAGAAUUAAUACUUCUGCUUGGGAAUAUCUGUCUAAGUAUGAGCAAGAAACUUGGUCAAGAUCAAGAUUCUCCACUUGGCCCAAAGUGGAUAACAUAACGAACAACAAUGCGGAGUCUCUUAAUGCAACCAUGGUGGGGCUAAGAGGCAAGAGCAUCAUAACCAUGCUAGAGGAGAUUAGAUAUUACCUCAUGAAGACUAUGGCUACCCACAAAGAUGCACUCAUGGCCUACACGGGUAAACUGGCGCCUAUCCAGACGAGCAGACUAGAGAAGGAAAAGAAGGAAGGAAACUACUGGGAAGCUCAAUGGGUGGGAUAUGAUGAGCAUAAUGUCUUUGAAGUUAGAAGGCAUGGUCGAACAGUUUGGGUCAACACUCAUGAAAGGAGUUGCACUUGUAGAAAGUGGCAACUUACAGGUCUGCCUUGCUGUCAUGGAAUUGCUGCAAUUCAAAGAAAAAAUCAACGACCAGAAGAUUAUGUCCACCAUUGGCUGACUAUGGAAGCAUACAAUAGAACAUACCAAUUUCACAUCAACACUGUCCCUAGUCAAGAAUAUUGGGCUGAUGCAGAAGGGCUGCCGUGUCUCCCUCCACCUUAUAAGAGGCCAAUAGGAAGACCUACAAAGAAGAGAGCAAGGCAUGAAUCAGAGAGACAGAGUGGGAGCCAGUACAAAAUCAAGAGGAGCUAUGGAAAGACAAGUUGUAAAUAUUGCAAAAAGGUGGGACAUAAUUCGAGGACUUGUCCUGAUAAGAAGACUCCUGCUGCAGCUGAGGAAGGUGAAGAUGUACAACAAGCACCUGCAGCAGAUCAACCGGCAAGAGGAGGGAUUGUGCCACCCAGGAGCUUAAAAGACAUGUCAGACUCAGAGCAGGAGAUGUUCUGGGAAGAAACCAUGGAUGCAGUUGAAGAGGAGCUCACCCAAGGCCACCCACAGUCUGAAGCUGAUGAAGAGGGUUACAUCAACACAUCAGGUACAACAAGUCAUGGUGAAGGAAGGAGAUCUGCUAUAUCCAACCCUGCAAGGAGAGCAACAAGAUCUAAAACUCCCUCCAAUGCUGCUGCGGCUGCUGCUGCAUCUACUAGCAAGGAAAGAUCCAGGGUCAAGAUGCCUAUUAGGAGACACCCCUUAGCCCAACCGAUUAUGAGGCCCACAUCUCCAGCUCCAACAGCCCAACCCAAUGUGAGGCCCAUAGCUCCAGGCCCAUCUGCCACUCCAAGGCCCAACCCACCAUUUAGGCCCCACAGAUAAGGCCCAUACAACACCUGCUACUGGUUCAGAAGUUUCAGACUCCACAAGGUCUCCACUUGUCUCAAAUGAAACCAUGAAUGGUGCAUCUAAAGCAACCACUUCUAGGUUCUCAAGGUUCAUGCCAAAAUAGUCAACUUGAGGGCAACUUGAGUGCAUAAUUAGUUGAUCUUUUUGGGUUAUAAGUUAAUAUUUAGUUGCAGUGGUUUAUCUAUAUUUUGGGUUGUAUGUUGAUAUUUACUAUGGUUGGUUAUUGCCUUUUGUUGGACAAUUUGAGUAUUUUGUCAUCUGGUAUUAAGACUGAUUACCCAGUUUGUAGUAUUUUGGAUGGAACAAUUAGUUCUAUUGCUUAAUGUUAUGCAGACCAAUUAGUUAA